AUGUCUUCAAGAAGAAAACCAUUUAGAACCCCUCAUAGCUCAAUCAAUAUUGAUAAGAUCGCAUCUAGACGAAGAAAAGAUUUUGAACAUACUCUAAGAGAUUGUGAUGAAUUAUUAAAUUUUAUUGCACGUGGAUAUGUAUAUGCAACUGAAAGUGCUGUUGAUUUAGAAGAAGGUGGAUCUGAGGAUGAGACUAAAUUAAAAAUAGAAAAAGAAUCGAUAGAAAAAAUUAUUGUCAAAUGUGAUUCAGGACAAGAAAUU